UUAUCUUCUCCGAAUUCCCUCCGCCUUCUUCUUCCCUUGUUCUUGAUUUAUUAUUGGCGCAAAAGUUAAACCACCAUGGCUUCUUCUUCUCCUUUCUUGACGCCGCCGACCUCGAAGCCAUCGCCGUCGCUCACAUCUCUCUCCGCUCGACCCGCGGCCGCUCCGUCCUCUUUCGCCACCGCCAAUGCGGCUCCGUGCUGCGCCCGAGCGGCCAUACUCUGCCGCCGGGAACUCCUCGCGGCGGCGAUCCUCUCUCCGACGUCAGCGCUGCUGGUCCUCCCUCCGGCGCCGGCCCUGGCGUCAGACGACGAGGAAUACGUGAAGGAGACGACGGAGAUGAUUAACAAGCUGCGGAGCACGAUCAACAUGGACAAGCAGGACCCGAACGUGGCGACGGCGGUGUCGGAGCUGCGGGAGGCGUCGAACACGUGGGUGGCGAAGUACCGGCGGGAGAAGGCGCUGCUGGGGCGGGCGUCGUUCAGGGACAUAUACUCCGCCCUUAACGCCGUCUCCGGCCACUACAUCAGCUUCGGCCCCACGGCGCCCAUCCCCGCCAAGCGCAAGGCCCGCAUCUUGGAAGAGGUCGACACCGCCGAGAAGGCGCUGCUCCGGGGAAGGUAGAUCGGUCGGACGUGGGCUGCGCCUCCAGUUUUGUAUCGACUGAGAUGCAAUCAAUGCAAUGGAUGGAUGAAUCCACAUUUACUGUUUUAAUUGGGUGUAAUCUUGUCGAACUCUUAUAUAUAGUCCUACUACAUUGUGUUGCCUUUAUUUACAUUAUAAGAUGUUCCACUAAGAUUUGAAUGUCUCACCUACCAAUAGAUUCAAUACUC